AUGAAUAGCCAGAGAAAGUCACACGUCUUCCGGGUGACGGGCCUGUUAAAGGAACUGCCCGAUGGCAACCUCAAGACCGAUGAGGAUCUCAGAACAGCACUGCAAGAGGCACUCGACGACAACCUCACCGAUGAGGAAAGAUCGCAGGUCAAAGCUGAGGUUACAAUCGUACCUUCAUGCUAUGAAAGUGACAUAGAGAGGGCGGCGCUGGUGCAGUUCCGUGGUAGGAUGCCUGAGUUUCUCUCUGAGCUGAGAGUCAACCCGCUCGGAGACUGGCAGGUCGAGAUGGGAGACGAUGACAUCAACUUCGACUGUCACUUCUUUGGAUUCACCCAGCUCUACGCGCCAGAUGAAAAUAAGCCAAUGGUUGCAGAUAUCAUUGCUAUUGCAGGACUGGAUGGACAUGCGUACGGAUCAUGGCAAGGAAGAGGAAAUCUUGGCCGGAUGUGGCUCCGCGAUUUCCUGUCAAAGGAUCUUCCGCAGUGCCGCACGAUGAUCUACGGGUACAACAGCAAGCUGUCGAGUCACGGAGUCGAUACGAUUCUCGACUAUGGGCGGGAGCUGAUGGAGGAGAUCAAGAAGAUUCGGAACACAAAAGAGCUCCAGCAGAGACCUCUGGUAUUCAUCGCACAUAGCUUUGGAGGCAUUGUUAUGGCUCACUGUCUGGUGCGGGCUAUCCAGGCGAUGGAGGGAGAUCACCCGGCGAUCGUAUCGCUGUAUCCGGCCACUUACGGGAUGAUCCUCUUUGCCAUCCCACAUAAAGGACUAGUGAUGGAUGAUAUCCAGCAAAUGUUGGCCGGCGAUGGACAUCACCCGCGAGGACAGUUGCUGCAGCAGAUCUCUAGUAAAUCAGACCUACUGAUACAUCAACUAGCCGACUUCAAAAAUUUGAUCCGGGACCGUAAAGUGGUCAGCUUCUAUGAGACAGAGCAGACAAGGCGGACUCGGAAAGCGGACGAUGGACACGCACGGGGGGAUUUUAUGACGACGGUCGGCGCAGACUCGGCGCUUCUCCAGCUUCCCGACCAUGUCGAGGACAAGGUGCCACUACAUGCAGAUCACUCGAUGAUUGUCAAAUUCGACAAGCGGGAUGCGCCUGGGUAUCGAACGGCGCUGGAUAGACUGCGGGAUUUCUCAAAGGACGCGCCAUCGGUUGUGGCGGCUCGGUUUGCGCAGACGCGUGCGAGGCCCCAGCCGUGCUCCACGGUGCCUUUCAAGAAGGACCCGAUGUUUGUGGGCCGUGAAGCCGUUAUCAGUGCGAUCAAGGAAAAACAUGGGGCGAUCGGCCAGCGUCACGAGCGGGCGGCAUUGGUCGGAUUGGCCGGCGUUGGAAAAACCCAGACAGCCAUCGAGUACUCUUAUCGCAUACGAGAAUCCACACCCGACACGUGGGUUUUUUGGAUUCACGCGAGUAGUGCGGCGCGGUUGGAACAGGGCUACCAGCAGAUUGCCGCAGUCGCGGAGAUUCCGGGACGAGACAAUCCGAAGACGAACAUCCUCCAGCUCGUGUAUCACUGGCUGAGUGAUCCACGCAAUGGGCGCUGGCUGAUGGUGUUAGAUAAUGCGGAUGACGAUGGCAUCUUCUUCAGUGAUAAUACAUCCGACGAACGAAGGCCACUAGUGAGCUUCCUGCCGCAGGCCGCCCAUGCAUCAAUGCUGAUCACAUCGCGAAACGGUCUUGCGGCGCGGAAUCUGGUGGGGAACGAUGGUCAUGUGAUCGAGGUUCAGCCAAUGAGUGAGGAAGAGUCCCUCGCCCUUUUACAGACGAGGAUUCCUGGCCCCCAAUCUGGAGAGACUGGAGAGGACGAGAAGGCACUGGUCCAGGCACUUGAAUAUAUCCCGCUAGCUAUUACACAGGCAGGGUCAUAUAUUACGAACCGAUUUUCUCGGGUCACGGUCUCCCGGUACCUUCAGUUAUUCCGUGAAAGCGAGUCAAACCAGACACAUCUUCUGCAGCAUGAGGACGCCAAAGACCUCCGGCGGGACCCCAGUAUUCGGCAUGCGGUGAUUACCACAUGGCAGCUAUCCUUCGAGCAAAUUCAUCAGGACCGGCCGGCGGCGACGGAUUUACUGGCAUUAAUGAGCAUGUUUGAUCGGCAAGGGAUCCCGGAAGGCCUCGUCCGUGGGGAUGGUGAUGGGCUCCAAUUUGAAGACGCAUUGGCGCCGUUGAUCAGUUAUUCACUUAUUCGGGUUGAACUUAAAAAAGGGUCAUUUGAUAUGCACCGGCUUGUACAGUUAUCGGUCCGGACAUGGCUAGAGGUUCACCGCGAGCUGGCACAGUGGCAAGAAAAAUCGCGAGCUAUCAUGGCAGAGAUAUUUCCAGACGGACAGUACGAGAGCUGGACUGAAUGUCAGAGGCUGCUUCCGCAUGCGAAAGAGGUGAUAAAGUCGAUAUCUACCCAACAUGAAGAGGAUCGACUGAAUACGGCCACCCUAUUAUCGAAUUGUGGUUGGUUUCAAGAUCUCCAAGGGUACUACGAAGAAGGGGAAACGAUGCAUCGACGGGCGCUGGAAGCACGAGAGGAUGUGCUUGGACACGAGCAUCCUGACACGCUCACCAGUGUCAGUCUCCUUGGCUCAGUGCUCUCCAGCCAAGGGAAAUAUGAAGAGGCGGAAGUGAUGCAUCGACGGGCGCUGGAAGCACGAGAGGAUGUGCUUGGACACGAGCAUCCUGACACGCUCACCAGUGUCAGUUACCUUGGCAAUGUGCUCUCCAGCCAAGGGAAAUAUGAAGAGGCGGAAGUGAUGCAUCGACGGGCGUUGGAAGCACGAGAGGAUGUGCUCGGCCGUGAGCAUCCUGACACGCUCACCAGUGUCAGUAACCUUGGCAAGGUGCUCUCUAGGCAAGGGAAAUAUGAAGAGGCGGAAGCGAUGCAUCGACGGGCGUUGGAAGGGAGUGAGAAGGUGCUCGGCCGUGAGCAUCCCUCCACGCUCACCAGUGUCAGUAACCUUGGCUCAGUGCUCGACAGCCAAGGGAAAUAUGAAGAGGCGGAAGCGAUGCAUCGACGGGCAUUGGAAGGAUAUGAAGAGGUGCUUGGACAUGAGCAUCCUCAUACGCUCACCAGUGUCAAUAACCUUGGCUCAGUGCUCUCUAGGCAAGGGAAACAUGAAGAGGCGGAAGCGAUGCAUCGACGGGCGUUGGAAGGGAGUGAGAAGGUGCUCGGCCGUGAGCAUCCCUCCACGCUCACCAGUGUCAAUAACCUUGGCUCAGUGCUCUCUAGGCAAGGGAAAUCUGAAGAGGCGGAAGCGAUGCAUCAACGGGCGUUGGAAGGAUAUGAACAGGUGCUUGGAUGCGAGCAUCCCUCCACGCUCACCAGUGUCAGUAACCUUGGCUCAGUGCUUGACAGGCAAGGGAAAUAUGAAGAGGCGGAAGUGAUGCAUCGACGGGCGUUGGAAGUACGGGAGAAGGUGCUUGGACGAAAGCAUCCUGACACACUCAUCAGUGUCAGUAACCUCGGCAAUGUGCUCUCCAGCCAAGGGAAAUAUGAAGAGGCGGAGGCGAUGCAUCGACGGGCGUUGGAAGUACGAGAGAAGGUGCUUGGACGCGAUCAUCCUCGUACGCUUACCAGUGUCAGUAACCUCGGCUCAGUGCUUGACAGGCAAGGGAAAUAUGAAGAGGCGGAAGUGAUGCAUCGACGGGCGUUGGAAGUACGAGAGAAGGUGCGCGAACAUCCUCGUACGCUCUCCAGUGCUACGAAACUCAGCUUAGUCCUUGUCAGCCAAGAGAAACAUCAAGAAAGACAAAAGAUGUCGCUGGCCACUUGA